AUGCGCUGCAACCUCGUCCUGAAGCCCGCGGCGCAGGUGCCGCUGCGCCACCCCGCGUCGCGCCGCCACGUCGGCCGCACGCAGGUCGUCACCAAGGCCUUCGACGACCCGGAGAAGAAGCCCGGGAAGAUCUGGUUCACCGCCGCUGACGAGGCGGCCCGCCAGGCCCUGCCCAAGGUCACCCUGGAGAUCAACGGCCGCCAGGUCGACGUCCCCGAGGGCUCCACCAUCAUGCAGGCCGCCCACGACGUCGACGUCUACAUCCCGCACCUGUGCCACCACCCGCGCCUGGAGGACAACGCGCCGGGCAGCUGCCGGCUGUGCCAGGUGGAGGUGGACGGCAAGGCGAAGCCGGCGUGCAAGACGGAGGUGACGGCGGGGAUGAAGAUCGACACGGACACGGAGGCGAUCCGCGCGGGCGUGACGAAGCAGCUGAACGCGCUGCUGGGGUGCCACCCCGACGACUGCAUGACGUGCCUCGCGGACGGCAAGUGCGACUUCCAGGACCUGAUCCGCAAGUACCACGUGACGGACGACCACAACCGCACGCUCAAGGCGGUGGACGAGAAGGGCUACGACGCGCUGGGCCCGGUGAAGGACCAGUCGAGCCCCGCGCUGCAGCUGGACUUCGACCGGUGCGUCAAGUGCGGGCGCUGCAGCUACGUGUGCAACGACGUGCAGAUGAUGAACGUCCUGCAGCACGUCGGCAAGGGCAAGGACCGCCGCAUCGGCAUCGCGGCGGGCGUGGACCUCGACAGCACGAACUGCAUCGAGUGCGGGCAGUGCGCGGCGGUGUGCCCCACGGGCGCGAUCUUCGAGCGCGAGGAGUGGCAGGACGUGGAGCGCCACCUCGAGAACCGCCGCGGCGGCAAGGUGGUGGUCGUGCAGACGGCGCCGGCGACGCGCGUGGCCAUCGGCGAGGAGGUCGGCCUCGAGGCCGGCUCGAUCUCGACGGGCCGCAUGGUCGCGGCGCUGCGCAAGCUCGGGUUUGACUACGUGUUUGACACCAACUUCACGGCCGACCUGACGAUCAUGGAGGAGGGCAUGGAGCUGAUCAAGCGCCUGACGGCGGUGCUGGCGGAGGAGAAGGAGGCCGGGUCGAUCGACCACCCGCUCCCCGCGGCGGGCACGGACGGGCACCCCGCCGCCGAGGGCGACCACGAGAACCACAUGGGCCCGGUGCCGAUGUUCACGUCGUGCUGCCCCGCGUGGGUCAACUUCGUGGAGAAGGAGCACCCGGAGCUCAUCCCGCACCUGUCGACGUGCAAGUCGCCGCAGCAGAUGAUGGGCGCGGUGAUCAAGCGCGUGUGGGCGGAGCGCGCGGGCGUGAAGCCCGAGGACGUCAUCUCGGUGUCGGUGAUGCCGUGCACGGCGAAGAAGCACGAGGCCGAGCGCCCGGGCAUGGGCGAGGCCGGCGUCGCGGACGUGGACUACGUGAUCACCACGCGCGAGCUGGGCCGCAUGCUGCGCGAGAAGCGCGUCCCGCUCGGGUCGCUCAAGGAGGAGGAGUACGACGACCCGCUCGGCUCGGGCACGGGCGCGGCGGUGAUCUUCGGCGCGACGGGCGGCGUGAUGGAGGCCGCCGUGCGCACUGCCUACGAGGUGGUGACGGGCGAGCCGCUCGCGGACGUCAACCUGACGCCCACGCGCGGGUUCGAGGGCGUCAAGGAGGCCACGCUGCACAUGAAGAGCAAGGACGGCGCGGUCGACCGCGACGUGCGCAUCGCGAUCGCCAACAACAUUGGCAACGCGCGCAACCUGGUGGACGCCAUGGAGCGCGGCGAGGUGCACUACGACUUCGUCGAGGUGAUGGCGUGCUCGGGCGGGUGCAUCGGCGGCGGCGGGCAGCCCAAGACGGCCGACCCGAUGGCGGCCUUCAAGCGCAUGAUGGGGAUCUACGAGAUUGACGAGCGCAGCACGCCGCGCAAGUCGCACGAGAACCCCGACGUGGUGCAGAUCUACAAGGAGGUGUUCGGCGAGCCCAACAGCCACAAGGCGCACGAGCUCCUGCACACGACCUACACGGACCGCUCCGCGACCACCGUCAAGGCCGACCCGCCCGCGGCGCCCAAGGUCCGCGCCAAGAAGGCCGCGCCCAAGGCCGCGCCGCCGUCGUGA